CAGUCACGUGAGCCGGGCUGCGGUGGCUCCGCGCCGUCAUGGUGGCCCCGAUGUACGGCUCCCCCGGCGGCCGCCUGGCCCGGGCGCUGACUCGGGCGCUGGCGCUGGCCCUGGUGCUGGCCCUGCUGGUCGGGCUGUUCCUGAGCGGCCUGACGGGCGCGAUCUCGAUCUCAGAGCGCCAGUGGGGGCCCGACGGGCCGGUUCCACCCGCCUCCCGAAGCCGCUCGGUGCUCCUGGACGCCAAGACCGGCCAGCUCCAACUGGUGGAUGGCCGCCAUCCUGACGCCGUGGCCUGGGCCAACCUCACCAACGCCAUCCGCGAGACCGGGUGGGCCUUUCUGGAGCUGCGCACCAACGGCCGCUACAAUGACAGCCUGCAGGCCUACGCGGCGGGCGUGGUGGAGGCUUCCGUGUCUGAGGAGCUCAUCUACAUGCACUGGGUGAACACGGUGGUGAAUUACUGUGGCCCCUUCGAGUACGAAGUCGGUUACUGCGAGAGGCUCAAGAGCUUCCUGGAGACCAACCUGGAGUGGAUGCAGGAGCAGAUGGAGCGGAACAAGGGCUCUGCCUACUGGCACCAGGUGCGGCUGACCCUCCUUCAGCUGAAGGGUCUAGAGGACAGCUACGAAAGCAGUGUGACCUUUCCAACUGGAAGAUUCACCAUCAAACCCUUGGGGUUCCUCCUGUUACAGCUCUCUGGGGACCUGGAGGACUUGGAGCCGGCCCUGAACAAGACCAAGACCAAGCACGUCCUGGGCUCUGGCUCCUGCUCCGCCCUCAUCAAGCUGUUGCCCGGCCAGAGUGACCUCCUGAUUGCCCACAACACCUGGAGCUCCUACCAGAACAUGCUGCGCGUCAUCAAGAAGUACUGGUUCCAGUUCCGGGAAGACCCUCAAGUGAACUCUCCACUGGCUCCUGGCAACAAUCUGGUCUUCUCAUCCUACCCCGGCACCCUCUUCUCCUGUGACGACUUCUACAUCGUGGGCAGCGGGCUGGUGACGCUGGAGACCACCAUCGGCAACAGGAACCCGGCCCUGUGGAAGUACGUGCAGCCCCAGGGCUGCGUGCUGGAGUGGGUGCGCAACAUCGUGGCCAACCGCUUGGCCCUGGACGGGGACAGCUGGACAGACAUCUUCCAGAAGUUCAACAGCGGCACGUACAACAACCAGUGGAUGAUCGUGGACUACAAGGCGUUUGUCCCCGGCGGGCCCAGCCCUCGGAGAAGGGUGCUCACCGUCCUGGAGCAGAUCCCGGGCAUGGUGGUGGUGGCCGAUAAGACCUCGGAACUCUACCAGAAGACCUACUGGGCCAGCUACAACAUUCCGUACUUUGAGAGCGUGUUCAACGCCAGCGGGAUGCAGGCCCUGGUGGCCCAGUACGGGGACUGGUUCUCCUACGACGGCAGCCCCCGCGCCCAGAUCUUCCGGCGGAACCAGUCGCUAGUGCGUGACCUGGACUCCAUGACCCGGCUGAUGCGGUACAACGACUUCCUGCACGACCCGCUGUCGCUGUGCAAAGCGUGCCGCCCGCAGGCCAACGCGGAGAACGCCAUCUCGGCCCGCUCCGACCUGAACCCGGCCAACGGCUCGUACCCUUUCCAGGCCCUGCAGCAGCGCUCCCACGGGGGCAUAGACGUGAAGGUGACCAGCAUGGCGCUGGCCAAGGCCUUUCGGCUGGUGGCGGCCAGCGGCCCCACGUGGGACCAGCUGCCCCCGUUCCAGUGGAGCUCCUCGCCCUUCAGCGGCCUGCUGCACAUGGGCCAGCCCGACCUCUGGAAGUUCUCGCCCAUCCAGGUGUCCUGGGACUGAGUCUCUGUCUCUGCCCUGCUGGCCCCCUCGCGGGGCCACCCGCGGGGCCACCCACUGGCCGCUGCGCCCCGUGGGCUGCAUCUCCUGCUGUGCCCAGAUCUGGGACCUGGGUCUGCCAGGGUCAUUCUCGUCCAGGGCGCCUCCUGGGUGGGGCCCCAAACGGACUCCUUCGCUCCCCGUAGGUGGGCAAGUGCCGUCCUGGUCCCCUUCCCCUGUAUCUCUCUCUCCUCUCUCUGCUCCAUCUGCUUCUGUUGCUCCCCCAGCCUGGGGCCCUGUCCUCACGCUGGCCUCUCCUGAGGGCUGGGGUUCGGGGCCCCUGCCGGGGCGGGAGGGGACUGUUUCAGUCCCUGCCCCCCAGUGUCAUGCUUGCCAGUGGCUCUGGAACUUGGGGGUUUCGGCCCUGAGACCUGGGCGUUGCCCGUGGUUGGUAUCCGUCCUCUCUUCUCCCUACCCCCGCCCCUGCUCCUUUGGGAAGCAGCUCCCUGGUGUCCCCUCCUGGGCAGCUUUCCUGAGGACAGAAACUUGAAAACAAACAAAAACCAAAGUUUCUGGUGACUUGUGGCUGGAGGGGCGUGAGUGUCCUUCUCUUGAGGGGCAGACGAGAGUGUCAGCCCCUAUGCUGCAGCCUCAUGUCCCCUGUCCCCCAACUUGGGCCUGCCCUUGGCCUCAGGGCAGUGCCCACAGCUCCCCUGCUGUCGGAACCAAACUGCAGGCUGUGCUGCCAUUAAAUGAGAGGCCAUGGC